GUCUUUCGAUUGCAUCCCAUAUUUUCGUCUGUGAUUGCAGUGAUGCAUUAAAUCUGGUUGAAUUUUAGAAUCUUUUUGACAAAAAUACUCGCUUCGAAUCUAGUUUAGGUUUGAGAGUCGAUAAAAUCUACAAUACAAGCAUAUGAUUAUGUGGGAUGUGCUUGACAAAUUUACCUAGGGUCGCGAAGACUUAGUGGGAUUUAACCUCAAACAAAUUUAAAUAAAAGAAAUGGCAGCAUCGGAUGUAACAGAGACUAGCAGUUAUGCAAGCUCAACUGUAUGCAAAAUAUGUUCGAAGAUAAAAGGCAUUUAUGUAUGUCCUCGAUGCAACAUCUUGUAUUGUUCACUGCUGUGUUAUCAAUCAGAACUUCAUCUUAAUUGUUCUGAGGCAUUUUAUAAAGAAUGUGUAAUGGAAGACAUAAAAUCUCAAGGGAGAGAUCCAUUUCCUGAAAAGAAGAUGAAUGAAAUUUUGCAACAGUUGCAAGGAAAUGAAAAUAAUAGCAAUAUUGAUUCAGAUGAUGAUAAUGAUGAUAGCGUAGAAGAUUUGCAUGAACGUUUAAGAAAUGUAAAUCUAGAUGAUGCUGAUUCAGUCUGGGAGCAACUGACACCAACAGAAAAGCAGGAAUUUUAUGACAUGCUGCAGAGUGGAGAUGCGAGUCAGCUUGUGGUUUCAUGGGAACCGUGGUGGCUUUUCAGGAAACAGAAGACUCUGAUUCAAGAUGUGGAGACUGAGCAAGUCUCACCGCAUCCUGUGUAUGAAGCAAAUUGCCCAACAGUAAAGAAUGAUGUGCCUCUUCUUUCCCAAAUCUCGAAAACUGUUGCAGCACCUUGUGUGAAGUACAAUAUUCUCAAUGUGUUAGGUGCUUAUUGUUACACUACACGAUUCAUGAAUGGUGAGCAUCACAGUAUGCCUGCAGAAGCUUCCAACAUUCUUGUGAACCUCUCUGCAAAUCUGAACUUCAACCAUACUUAUGACUCGGCUGUGUUAGCACUCGAAGCUGUGGCUCAUGAGGUGGUUCAUUAUGUGUGGUUGGGUGGGUCACAGGAGAGUGUGAUCUGCAUGAAGAAUGAUAUUGAGUGUAUUCUGACUGGACCAGAGGACAGCAACUGCAGUUUCUACCUUAAGGCUUCUCUUUCUGAUAUUUAUAGAUUAAUGUCAAAAGCCAAACAUUCAAAAAGCAUAGAUCCUAGUGCUGUAAAGAAGACAGGAGAAUUUACCAAGAGAUUUAAAGAGCAUUCAUUGCCUUCAUUUGUUCAGAAAGACAAAUUACGGCUUGUAAUUAAAAAACUGGAAUAUUACCUGUCAUGGUCUCGAGAUCACGCUGAUGAAAUCUGUUGCCUUAGACUUUAAGUAUGACAGAAUGUCUAUGUUUUUUAUAACUGUCACAAUUAUUACAUUAAUAAAGACAAACAGAAGUGGCACUUAUACUUUGAAGACUUGAUCAUGGAAUUCUGAAUUUAUGGUCCUUCCUAGUUUAUCAUUCACUGCCAUCUGCCAAAUGACUGCUAUAUAAACUACACAGUUUAAAUAAAAUAAGAACCAAAACAGUUGUCCACUCCAAUACAAGGUCAUAUAAGACACCAAAAAUAUAUUUUAAAACAUUGUACUAUACAAAAUGUAACACAGCUGAAGUUUAAAUAAAUGUAGAGUGUAAAAUAAAA